AUGUUCCCGGGCGCGGGGAGCGCGGCCGGCCGCGGCGGCUCCAGGGCCCCCGCAGGAGAGCCUGGCCACCCUUCCGGGGGCCCCGAAGAAGCCGCUCCUGCCGGCAGGCCCCACAGGAUGGCGUCCAGUAUCUUUGGGCCCACGGAGGAGCCUCAGAGCAUCCCUAAGAGGACCCACCCGCCAGGGGGGAAGGGCAGCGGCAUCUUCGAUGACCCGACACCUCUACAGACCCGGCAGCGUCUGAACCCACCCGGUGGGAAGACAAGUGAUAUUUUCGGGUCCCCGGUGGCCGCCACAGCACCGUUGGCACACCCUAACAAGCCCAAGGACCACGUCUUCAUGUGCGAAGGAGAAGACCUGAAGCCGGCCCUUAGCGCUGCCGCAUGCGCCGGCCCCAGUGACAAGCAGGUUGAGGAGAGCGGCUCCAGAGACGCGGGCCGCGCCGGGGGACCAGCACCCACCCCUGCCGUGGACCUCCAUGAACCCCGGCUGGGGCCGAGGCCGCGCUCCCACAACAAAGUCCUGAACCCCCCAGGCGGCAAGUCCAGCAUCUCAUUCUACUGAGGGGCCCUCGUGGCGGCUGCAGCUGGCCUCAGGGAGCCGCUGGGCCCCGGGCGUGUCGGGGUGCUGCGACUCCCCUGGGGCCAGGCCUCUGUCAUCCCAAGUUGGGGGGUCUCUGAUGGGUGGGCGGGGCUCUCUGGGGGGCUCUCAAGUUCCAGGACUCAAAGUCUCCACAAGAGCCAAAACACCCACGUCGUGCUUUGGUUGGGGGCGCGGCCAAGGCGGGAGCCAGCAUCGCGGGCCCGGAGCACCUGCAGGCCACAGCCAGACCUGGCCCCGUGGUGCCGCCUGCGCCUCUCCCCCUUGGUUGUCGGCGAGCACCUCGGAGCCGCUGCGUCCUGUGCUUCUUGGGCUCUGCCCUGGACUCGAGGGGUGGACCCCAAGGCACCUGCCUUCUGCUCCCCCUUGUCCCUCCCUGCCUUAAGCCAGCCCCGCGCUGCCUCACCCCCCACCACGCGCCUUCCUCCAGACUUGUGCUCUGAGGCUCUGCUCUGAUGGGGCGACCCGUGCCUUACUCCUCCAUGGUGGUGGGACAGGGAUGCCCGAAGUCCCAGGGCUUUUGCUGGCUUCCCUCAAGUGGCUAUGGCGCUGGUGUGUUUCUGCCACCUUCUGGAAAAGCCCGUGGCUCAGGUACACCAAAGAGAAAGGAAAGGCUUCCUGGCGUGCCCUUCCCAAAGCUCUCCCAGGCCACAUCCAGCUUCCUGGGAGGCCUGGCGACUCUCAGCCGGGAGGUCAAGUAGUGGGGCAGUGACUCAGUUGGCCGGUUCCACGUUUGCCAGCUGAGGUGAUAGGUGAGAGUUGGGGUGCUUUGAUCUGUCGAUCAAGUCUCCCCCACAGCUCCUGGGGGCUGCAGGCACCUUCCUGCAUCUCACGAGCUGGGCUCACAGGGGACCAGAGAUGCUGGGUGGUGGGGUGCUUGGUGGGAGGCCUGCAGGCCAGCACAGGCACCGGAGGGGACCUCUGGCCAUUCUGACACCCAGAGCAGCGGCUGUGUCUGGCACCCCGCAGUGGCCUAGACACGCAGCAUGUCCAGGGGCCUGUGGGGACAUUGCCCCCCGAGAUGCUGGUGUAGGGGCAUCUCCAUCCUUAGGUGGUUUGCAAUUCGUAGAAAUGUUAGGAUUUCAGAGCAUUUUUCCCCCAUUAAAAUACUGUAAAUGGUGGUUAGAGAAAAAUAUUUGAAAAAGCGGUGGCCAGGGUUCCAGCCCAGCACCUGGCGCGCGCCCCUUACAGGGAAACCCCAGGCUUCAGCUGCAGUUUCUGACUUCCAUGGCAAGUGAGGAGAUGGAAUGCCCGGAGCCCAGCUGUGGUGCUGGCCCCCGGGCUGGGCAGUCUGCCGUGGCCGGCAGCCCCUCGUCCCCGCUGCGUCAAGAAGCCACUUUUUUAUGCCUUAAAACUUGAUGUAUUUGGUGCCAACUUUUUUUUAGAGCUGUAUCCAAAAAAGCCCACGGCAGACCUGUGUUCCCAUCGGGCGUGGCUUUAAUAGGGCAGUCCCCGGGCUGGCGAGGCCGCACCGGGCAUGGCGGGGUGGAAUAAACUUUGCAGUCACCAC